AAGCGUCAGUGAUUCAAUAUGGAAGACCCAGUUCAGGCAGUUGAAGUUUCGGUUGAAAAAACAUGUGAUUUAAAGCCAGAAAAGGAUACAAGUUCCGAAAAAACAAAGAGCAAUACUGAAAAAGAUUCUCCCAUUAAUUUCAAAACUCCCAUUUUACCACCUCUUAGUAAACCUAAAUGGACAGAAGAUAAAAACGUCAUUACUACGCCAACGGACAAAGCUUUGAAAAAAGAGAACAGUAAAUCAGAACCAUCUGAUAAAAAAGAAGAAACUGAAAACAAAUCUACAGUAGAACAUAAGUCUCCAGACACUGCAGCCAGUUUGUCUAAGCCUCUCAGUAAACUAUCACCGGCUGAGCAGCUUCAACAAUCCCGGAUUGCCAUCCCUUUCAAAGAACCCUCAUGGGGUGGCAUCGCUGAGGAGGAAUAUAGAUUUGAAGUGUUGAAAAAUGGGACAAUUAUUGACAAUGUUAAGUUAGAUAAAUCCUUCAUUGUAUUUGGAAGACUGCCAAGCUGUGAUGUCCCCAUGGAACACCCGUCGUUGUCUCGACACCAUGCUGUCGUUCAGUUCUGCAAAACUCCCACCCCAGAGCAAGAAAAGGGGUGGUAUCUGUAUGAUCUAGACAGUACACAUGGUACCUGGAUAAACAAAAACAAAGUGUACCCGAAAAAAUAUUACAGAAUUCGAGUGGGUCAUGUCCUGAAAUUUGGUGGGAGUUCUAGAUUACAUAUUUUACAGGGACCAGAGGAUGAUAGAGAAGAGGAGUCAAAUCUUAGUGUAGAGGAGAUGAAACAACAGAGAGAAAAACAAAAGAGAGAGGCAGAUUUCCUAAGACAAGCAGAACAGGCUGAAGAAGAAAGGAAGAUCCAGGAAUUAAAAGCCAAAGAGGAAGCCAGAGGAUGUUCCUGGGGAAUAGGUGAUGAUGCAGAGGAAGAUGAAGAUGAAAACCCUUUUGCAAACAUCAUCAACAACCCAGAGAAUGAAAAGCUGUAUAUAGAUGAUCCUAAAAAAGCACUAAAAGGAUUUUUUGAAAGAGAAGGGUAUGAUGAACCAGAGUACAAUGUUCAAGAAAAUGGCAAUGGAAAAUUUAAAUGCAUUGUUGAAUUACCUGUAGACUCUCCCACAGGAGAGGCAAUGAUGGCAGAAGCAAUCGUGUCAGGGAAGAAGAAAGAAGCUGUUAUUCAGUGUGCUUUGGAGGCAUGUAGACUCUUGGAUAGAAUGGGGCUACUAAGGGCAGCAACUCAUGAAAGUCGGAAGAGAAAGAAAAAGAACUGGGAGGAUGAUGAUUAUUAUGACAGUGAUGAUGAUACGUUUCUGGACAGAACUGGAGACAUUGAAAAGAAAAGGAAACAAAGAAUGGAGAAAGCGGGAAAACUUAACAACCAAGUGGAGACUUACGAGUCUCUGAUGGAAAAAUUAAGCAACAUUCAAAAAGAAAUCAAGGAAAUUGAAGAAAACAUAGCCAAAGCAAAGAAAGAGACAGAAGCCAUGCAGGAGGAUGGAAUGGAUGCUCUGGACGCCUACAUGUCGGCCAUUAAGUCAGGAGUCAUGGACACCAAAACAAAGAUGAAGCUGAAGAGACAGCUUUUGGAACUGAAAAAGGAGGAACAGAAACUCCAGAGAAUGGUCAAUGUGGCCAAGCCAGCAGCCUUACCAGACCUCAAAAGUUCUACAGAGAAAGCUAAGACAGACAAAGCUUCACUUACAUUUAGUAGACUUAGAAAACCAGUUGGAAAUACAAAGCCUAAGUCUCCUUCUCAAAAACCACCUGAGAGUGAAGGCAACAUAGUGGAGGAGGAGGAAGAUGAGGACACACCCAUGGAGAUCUCAGAAAUAAGUCGCUCCUCCUCAACAGGUGCUCCAGGGGAGAAUACUGUGUCUGAGAACAAGACUGUGUCAGAGGAACAAAAUGAGACUAAUAGUGUUAAGAACACUGCUUUAGUGUCUCCUCAGGGUGAACAUGUGACUGAGAAAGACAAUAGUGUAAAACAGACUUCUAAAUCAGUGGACAAAAAUGUUCCUGUGGUGAAAGGCCCUGCAUUUCCUCCUGAAUUAAGGGGAAGUAACUUACAGGAAGGUUCUACUGGGGAAAAUAAUAGUUCAGAAAAACAAAAGAAGAAAAAUCAACGUCCAAAGGUCAAGAAGUCAGAGAUAAAACUAGGACCAAAUUACCAAUCAGAAGAUCCAGACUAUGCAGUGUGGGUCCCUCCAGGCAACCAGUCAGGAGAUGGGAAGACCCAUUUGAAUAAAAAGUUUGGUUACUAGACGUACAUAUACCAGCCGUCUUUUAUGUUCACAUGCAAUGCAUUUAUACAUAAAUCAUCUAAACAUAUU